UUUUCCACUCUUCGUAAACGCGUCCAAGCAUAGUUUCGUUGUAUAUUCUCACGCGUCGAUAUCCUUACGCGUUUGGCACGAUUAAGGAAAGAGACGAAUACGUUUUCGACUUUGCGAUCUCAUUUUCGAAAGAAAAGAUGAGUAAGAUGGCCAACGAUUCUCAAAUACUCUCUUCCAAAAAUAUUAUUGACGGUAGGAAGGUAGAAGAGGACGAAGAGGAAGAGGAAGACGAUGAAUCCGAAACAGAGGAAAUGUCGUUGAAAGAGAAAAUUCCUUGCACUCACGAGGUAACGAUGACGCAUGGUACGAAGGCGGUAAUCGCUAUUGCUGCAGAUCCAUCCGGAGCACGUCUUGCAUCGGGAUCGAUCGAUUACGACGUCUGUUUCUGGGACUUCGCUGGUAUGGAUUCGUCCAUGCGAAGUUUCAGAACCCUGCAACCUUGUGAAAAUCAUCCAAUAAAAUGUUUACAAUACUCUACGACCGGAGAUGUGAUACUAGUUAUAUCAGGAGCGGCACAAGCCAAAGUAUUGGACAGGGAUGGCUUUGAGAAAUGCGAAACUGUAAAAGGCGAUCAAUACAUAACGGACAUGGCACGUACAAAGGGUCACACCGCAGGCCUGAAUUCUGGGUGUUGGCAUCCGUUUACCAAAGAGGAAUAUUUGACUUGCUCGCAAGACAGCACUUGUAGAAUUUGGCUGUUACAUAGACCGCGUGGUCAUAAGAACGUUAUCAAAUGCAGAGCACAAAACGGCGUCAAAACGAUUCCAACUACUUGUAGCUACAGCCGAGAGGGAACCGUAGUAGCAUGCGGAUGUAUAGACGGUUCUAUACAAAUGUGGGAUCAUAGAAAAAAUUUUGUAAAUCCCUCGUUGACGUUGAGAAACGCCCAUGGCUCUAACAACGAGAUAUCCAGCUUAAGUUUUUCUUAUCUUGGACAUACUUUGGCAACGAGAAGUUGCGACGACACGUUGAAAUUGUGGGACUUGAGGUCAUUUAAAGUUCCCAUAUUCGAAGUAAAAGAUUUAUUUUCGAGAUACGAAACAACGGACUGUAUGUUUAGUCCGGACGAUUCUAUGAUAGUUACCGGAGAAUCUCUAAAAAAAGGUCAAGAUAUGGGUAAAAUUCUAUUCUACGAUACCAAAACGUUUGAGCUUGUAAACGAAAUACCGGUAACCAAUUCCCACGUUAUUAAAACUUUGUGGCAUCCAAAAUUAAAUCAACUAUUCGUUGGUUGCGGAAAUGGAAUUGUUAAAGUAUAUUACGAUAUCAACAGAAGCAUGAGAGGGGCGAAGUUAUGCGUCGUCAAAUCUCACUUCAAACACAAACAUAUGGAAGUAAUGUCUACUCAACAAAUUAUAACGCCGCACGCGUUACCCUUGUUUAGACAAGACAGACCUAAAUCCGUCAGAAAACAAAUGGAGAAGGAUCGUCUCGAUCCUGUGAAAUCGCGACGUCCAGACUUGCCAAUUACUUCCGGCCAAGGUGGAAGAGUAGCUUCCUCCGGUGGAACCUUAAGUUCUUACGUUAUUCGUAAUCUUGGACUCAGUAAAAGAAUAGAGGACGAUCAGGAUCCUAGAGAGGCAAUUUUGAAGUACGCGAAAGAAGCAGAGGAAAAUCCAUACUGGAUAGCACCGGCAUAUAAGAAGACGCAACCGAAAACUAUUUUCCAGACCGACGAACAAGAUAGCGGCCCGAGUACCAAAAAACAGAAGACAUAAAUAGAUUUUAAUUGAAAUAGAAUAUUUUGUAAAUAUAAGGAAAAAAAAAACUAAUUUAAGAUACGUGUAGAUACGUCCUGCGUUAUGCGUAAAGCAUAAUUGAACGUUGUUUUAUAAUAUACUGUAUUAUUUAUCUUUUCGUUAAAGAAAAAAUAUUGUUAUUAUAAAAAUAUGUAUAGAACGUUGUUUCAAACGUGUAAUGUGACGUGAUUAAAAUUAAACUACUUAAAUCGAA